CUGUGAGAUGUUAGAGUGUUUGGAGGCGGGGAGUCAGUUAGUCUGCUGGCCGGGCAGCGGUGUGUGUGUGUCGGGCAGCAGGAGGAGCCCGCACCGCCUGGACGACAAGACGACGAGAGGCGAGAGAGAGAGAGAAAAAAGAAAAGACAUCAAAUUGAAAGAAAGGAAGAAAGACGUUGCUUUGCUCGGAGGAAAAAAAAAUCGCAGCCCCAACGGUCGAAAGGCUGAAGUUUGUGAAUGGACAGACUGGGUGUCGACUAGGGACAAAAACCCAGCGGAAGACGUCUGCAGGAGCCAUGUUUAAGUAAAGGGGACGCCAAUGCUGACAUCUUUUGCAAUGCAUCUGUGGAACCACGUCAGCACUUCCCACUGCUUCCAGCCAGUCAGUGGAUGCGGCGAGUGCCAUGCCCGGCCAGCGCCAUGCUAAAGCAGCACGGGAAUAACAACAAGGAGCGCUCGGUUCACGCAGAGGGAAAACGCUGGAAGAAGUUGGUGGAAAAUCUUGUUUUUUUGCCUCAAUUUUGAGCCCCAGUUUUUAUUAUUUUGACCUAGAUACUUGUGCAAGGCACUGGAGUGGUCUUCUCCUCACACUUUUUUGCUUAAGCGCUCAUUUUUGGCCAAUCACGCACUUUCUGAACAAUGCUAACAAUAGUCACGGAUGGCGGGAUGCACAGGCACACAAAGUGAGGAUGUAAGCAGCAGCAAGAUGGGAGCCUUAUGAAGAGACGGAGGAACCAGCAGAGCACGAUGGCCCAAACCAGUUUGCUGCAGGGGAAACGCUUUUACUGCCGGGAAUGGGUUUUCCACAAGAUCCAGCACUGCCUCCAGGAGAAAAGCGGCAACCUCAGCGGGGUGAGCAGCACCCCCAGUAAGCCGCAGCCUCCUCUGGGGCCCAGCGGCGCAGUGACAUCAGGCUCGGCCAAAAGUGGGAACUCCUGGGGGGUGUUGCUGGUCGGCGGUCCCGGUAGCGGGAAAACGGCGCUGUGCACAGAGCUGCUCUGGCCCACAUCCGCCCCGGGAGCCCAGCGAGGUCUGCAUCAGCAGGGCCUGGCGUUCCACUUCUGCCGGGCGGACGACUCGGACACGCUGUGCGUCGCCGGCUUCAUCCGCGGCCUGGUGGCGCAGAUCUGCCAUGGUGGGCUGGUGCCGGGCUACGAGGAGAAGGUGCGCGAUCCGGCCGUGCAGGGCACCCUGCAGCCCGGCGAGUGCGAGAGGAACCCCACCGAGGCCUUCAAAAGAUGUGUGCUCUUGCCUCUCCUGAGUGCCAACCCUCCGCCGCAGGCGCUCUUCCUCCUGGUGGACUCCAUUGACGAGGGCGGUCAGCUGGGCGAGGCGGAGCAAAGGUCGUCCCCGGGCUCUCCCAGGACCAUCGCGGAGCUCCUCGCCAGCCAUCAUGAGUUCCUGCCGCCGUGGCUCCUGCUCAUCUGCUCUGCACGGAGACAGAACAAGGCCAUUACCAAGCUUUUCACGGGAUUCCGAAAGAUCAGCCUGGAUGAUCUGCGCAAGGCCUACAUCGUCAAGGAUGUGCAACAGUACAUCCUCCACCGCCUGGACCAGGAGGAGGCCCUGAGACAACACCUCACAAAAGAGACAGCAGAGAUGCUCAACCAGCUCCACAUCAAGAGCAGUGGAUGCUUCCUCUACCUGGAGCGAGUACUGGACGGUGUGGUGGAGAACUUUAUCAUGUUGCGUGAGAUCCGUGACAUCCCCGGCACGCUCAAUGGCCUCUACCUUUGGCUCUGCCAGAGACUUUUUGUCAGGAAACAGUUUGCCAAAGUCCAGCCCAUUCUUAACGUUAUCCUGGCAACUUGCAGGCCACUCACAGUCAAGGAACUGUACCACGCAGUUUGGACCAAAAACAUGACGUUGACAAUGGAAGAGUUUCAGAAAAAGAUGGACAUUCUCUCCAAGUUGUUGGUGGACGGUUUCGGGAGUACUAAAAUCCUCUUUCAUUACAGUUUUGCUGAGUGGCUUCUGGAUGUGAAGCAUUGCACACAAAAGUACCUGUGCAACGCCGCAGAGGGACACAGAAUGUUGGCUAUGAGUUACACCUGCCGAGCAAAGCAGCUCAAACCACACGAAGUGCAGGAGUUUGCGCUUCACCUCGUCAAUUCCAGUCUGCAGAUGGAGCCUUCUAAUCUGGCUCUUUGGAUGGUCUGGAAUGGGACUCCCGCUAAAGACUCUUUGACCACUUCAAUACCAAGAGAGCAGGAGGUUUUGCAACUUCUGGUCAAAGCUGGAGCUCACGUCAACAACGAAGAUGACCACGCCUCGUGUAUCGUACAACAGGCUUUGGAGAGAGAGGACUCAAUACGAACAUUGCUAGAUAACGGGGCCUCCGUGAAUCAGUGUGACUCCAGUGGUAGAACGCUGCUCUCUAACGCAGCCUAUAGCGGAAACCUAGAUGUGGUCAACUUACUCAUCUCUAGAGGAGCAAACAUGGAGCUGGAGGACAACCACGGACAAACCGCACUUACCCUCGCUGCUAGACAGGGCCACACCAAGGUGGUCAACUGUCUCAUUGGCUGUGAGGCCAACAUAAACCACACAGAUCACGAUGGGUGGACGGCGCUCCGCUCAGCGGCUUGGGGAGGACAUUCAGAGGUUGUUUCUGCCCUGCUUUACGCUGGUGCCAAAGUGGACUGUGCCGAUGCCGAUGGCAGGACAGCCUUGAGAGCUGCGGCCUGGGGGGGUCACGAGGACAUCGUGUUGAACCUUCUUCAGCACGGGGCUGAGGUCAACAAGGCCGACAACGAAGGAAGAACUGCUCUCAUUGCCGCUGCAUACAUGGGACACAGAGAAAUAGUGGAGCAUCUCUUGGAUCACGGCGCUGAGGUCAAUCAUGAAGAUGUGGAUGGUAGAACCGCCCUCUCGGUGGCAGCUCUCUGCAUUCCUGCGAGUAAAGGCCACGCUUCUGUCGUGAGUCUUCUCAUUGACAGGGGAGCCGAGGUAGACCACUGUGACAAAGACUGCAUGACCCCUCUCCUCGUGGCUGGCUAUGAAGGACACGUCGACGUAGUUGAUCUACUUUUGGAAGGUGGAGCCGAUGUGGAUCACACGGACAACAAUGGACGCACCCCCCUCCUUGCAGCGGCGUCAAUGGGCCAUGCAUCCGUUGUCAACACGUUGCUGUUCUGGGGAGCUGCUGUCGACAGCAUUGACAGUGAGGGAAGGACAGUACUGAGCAUUGCCUCUGCUCAGGGUAACGUGGAGGUGGUCAGAACUCUGCUGGACAGAGGUCUGGAUGAGAACCACCGAGACGACGCAGGCUGGACUCCGCUGCACAUGGCGUCAUUUGAAGGCCACCGGCAAGUGUGUGAAGCCCUCAUUGAACAAGGGGCUCGUUGCAUGGAGGUAGAUAACGAUGGCAGAAUACAGUUGAUACUGGCUGCACAAGAGGGACAUUACGACUGUGUGCAAAUUCUCCUGGACAACAAGUCAUGUAUCGACCAGCGAGGAUAUGACGGGAGGAAUGCUCUCAGGGUGUCUGCACUGGAAGGCCACAGGGACAUUGUUGAACUGCUGCUGAGCCACGGUGCAGACAUAGACUACACAGACGCAGACGGACGCCCGACGCUCUACAUAUUGGCACUUGAAAAUCAGCUGGCAAUGACAGAGUAUUUUCUGGAAAAUGGCGCAAACGUGGAAGCCUGUGACACCGAGGGAAGAACGGCCCUCCACGUGUCCUGCUGGCAGGGGCAUGUGGAAAUGGUGAGGCUGCUGAUCAACUACCACGCUGACGUGAAUGCCAGCGACAAUGAGAAGCGCUCUGCCCUCCAAUCUGCUGCCUGGCAAGGCCACACCAAAGUUGUCCAGUUUUUGAUUGACAACGGCACACGCGUCGAUCACACAUGCAACCAGGGCGCAACGGCCUUGGGCAUCGCUGCCCAGGAGGGUCACAUUGACGUUGUGCAAAUACUCCUUGAAAACGGUGCUGACCCUAACCAUGCCGACCAGUUUGGACGCACGGCAAUGAGAGUGGCGGCAAAAGGUGGCCAUUCCACGAUUAUAAAACUCUUGGAAAAGUAUGGAGCAUCAACUCUUAAUGGGGGCAAUCCAUCUCCAGUGCACACAAUGGAUGACAAAAUGUCUGUGACUGUUAAAAUGCAGUCCCUCACCAUCAAAUCAAGUAGUUCUGGCAGCACAGGUGCAGGAGAUCUGCAGUCAGCUGGACGCAGUAUAGCCAACGGACCUGUUCAUGCAUUUAGUUCCCCAUCGGAAUCCCCCGAUUCCACCGUAGACCGACAGAAAUCCUCGCUGUCAAAUAAUUCGCUCAAGAGCUCAAAGAACUCUUCCCUGAGAACCACGUCGUCCACAGCCACGGCUCAGACCGUGCCCAUCGACAGCUUUCAUGCUUUGACGUUCACAGAACAAAUCCAGCAGCACUCACUGCCUCGCAGCCGCAGCAGACAGUCCAUCGUCUCCCCUUCCUCCACUACGAAAUCAAUCGGCCAGCAGCCGCCCUCGCCGUCCAACGACUUCGACUGGUCGCUGAUGAAACCCGGUCUCAAGUCGACAAAGGGAACUAAGAUCGGAAACGGAACAUCAAACAGCAAGCUGGCAGAUAAGAAAAAGACAAAGAACAGCGGGUCAAAUCAGGGUCAGGUUCUUGAGUACGAGAUGACCCAGUUUGACAAGAGGGUGGCCCUCAAUAAAUCAGUAGCCAACAUCGCAGUAAAGGAUCCUCAUUGCAAAGUCUUGAUUGGAGGAUCCAUACAGCAGCAGGAGCGGGGGCAAGGCCAAGACCAGCUCUUCAUCCAGCAGCAGAGCUGUGCUGAGAAGAGGAGGAACGGCAUCAUGACCAACCCCAACUAUCAUCUACAGGGUAAUCAGGUGUUCCUGGGCAGGGUGUCAGUCCCUCGCAGCGUGCAGAACAGGGGCCACCAUGAUGUUCUCGAGAACUACCCGGUCGGCGAAACGGAGCUGAGUCUUAAACAAGCCCUGAAACUGCAGAUUGAAGGAUCAGACCCUGGGUUCAACUACAAAAAGGAGACUCCGUUAUAGCUGGCGCUCCAUUCAGUUGGCCGGCCGGCCGGCCGGACGAUCGGCACAUCGGAAGGCUUUCUUUUCACGAGGAGGGACUGGAUUGCACUCAAAACAACCAUCUUGGAUCUAAUCAGACUCGCAUGAAGAAUGUCUCCAUCUGGACGAAAAGGCUGCUUCCUCCCUGAGAAACAUGCAAUCAGUCAAACGCUUCCUGUGCUGUCUCCGAUAUCUUGAAUGCUGAUCGUUACAAAAGGGGGGUAUGUGCCAAAGCAACUGUUUUCAUGUGUUCUCAUCUGCGGGGAGGAAAAAAACCUGUUGGUUUGUGACCUGAUACUCAAUGUGCCUACAUCUGUUACAGCCUUGUAUUCCUGCAAACGUAUCAUUCUAAUUUAAUAUAAUGCUAUUUAAUUCAAGUGUAUGCACUUUUGGAAGCGUCAAAGGACAAGACAUGCUUUUGUUUUAUUUACUCUGUAUCCCAUCCUUAGUUCGUCAAGAGUGUGUUUGAAUGGUCCUGUCUGCUUUAUUCACACCGACAGCAAUGUACCGCUUGAGUACAUUGUCACCAAUCAGAGGACAUAUGUAAGUAACGCCAAUGUAUGAUAGGCUGCCUUUCUCCACUCCCCAAAUAUUCCGAAGCAGCGCGCUAUUCUUUUUGCUUCCGUGUGAUAUGUUCAUAGUCUCGCCAAGUUAAUCCACCAGUUUGAUAUGAGAGCAUAUUUAUUUUUGGGGGAAAAAAGCCACUUUUUUGUUGCGUUACGCUCUACAUUGGUGCUGUGUUCACAAGUCUUUGGACUGUUUUAAGUGUUUGACCACAAAAGAGAACAAAAAAAACUACAUUUUGUCCCCAUGGGAUUUUUUUUUCUUGUGUGUGUGUUUAUAUAUAUAUUUUUUGAUGCGUGCUUAAAAAUAUUUAAAUAUAUCCACUGUGUUUUUUUGGUGCUAAAUGCCGGUGUAAGAUCAUGGCUUCUUGUCUGCGUGCAGGCUUUGUUUGUGGUCAAAUUUCACUCAUUCCGCUGGAUUUGCGGGCCGAGCGACACAGACUGCUUAGACAGGUUUCACCCCCCCCCAAAAAAGUCAAAUCCAUGGGUGUAGAUAUGAGAAGUUAGUCUUAAAGCCAAAGUUGGAACAACACCCCCGCCCCUUUGCCUCCACCCCCUCGUCCUCGCCUGUGUGCUAAGCUGAAUGUCAGUCAAACAGGACCAGAAGUCAAGACAUCUGUUUCUCGUCACAUUUGCAGGCUGUGUCAUAUUUUUGCGUCACGCUAACACAGUGAGCUAUUUUCCAGGGACUAGAAUUGAAAGUGGGGGCAGUGACCUCUGUUGUGUAGAAAGUAGAGUAGAGCAAGCUCAAAGGAACACCAUGAAGGCUCAAUAGAAGGAUUCCAUUCACACACAAGCAGUCUUUAGGGUGGUUGGACUGUAAAUAGCUCACCAUGUACAUUCUGACUUUCAUUUCAAACAAUUCUUGUCUCAUGUGAAAGGGGAUUUUUCUGAUGUAUAUUACAAAAAAUGCUUAAUAAACAUAUUUGCUUUACUGCUGGAAAACAAACCGGUGUCUCGUGUAUGUCUGCUAUACCUUGGAUAAUAUGUCAAACAAGGCUGUCCAAAUGUCGAGUCUGUCGAGGGCCACAUAGUGAAAAAUGAAAGGAUCCAAACAAAUAUGUCUGCUAUUUGACAUGAUACACGACUCAGCUCACGCUGGCUUCCCUGAUACUUUGAUACUACACACACACACACACACA